CUGAGGCAGGUAAGCUCUGGUGACCAGAUAAUGAGGUGGUCACUAUCUGGGUGGCAUCAUGGCGGAUACAGACGUCGACCGUUAUAGGAUGAAGUCCAAGCCGCGAGGGAUCUGCUUGAUCAUUGACAACAUUAACGAAGUACCAAACCGUGCCCCCCACAAACAUAAGUUGUCCGAAACAUUCAGGAAGUUACACUUCGAUGUUCAGUUUCACAAUCAACUCAAUGAUGCACAAUUUACGCGUGUGAUACGACGUGUAGCAAGUGUAGACCACGAGACAUUUGAUUGCGUGGUCGUAUUUAUUACCGCCCACGGGGACGACGAUGUCGUGUUUACCGUCGACGACAGGUCUUUUUGUAUAGAUGAAUUAGCUAGUCACUUCAAGCCUGAAAACUGUCCAUCUCUGGCUGGUAAACCCAAGUUGUUCUUUAUAGAGGCCUGCCGGGGAGAAGAUAAGCAACACGCCCUCAAACUGGUGGACACUGUCGACGCAUCUGGGGCCACACGAUUCCCAAAUGAAGCUGAUUUCUUUUUCGGCUACUCAACUGUGAAAUCCUUUGUUACCUACAACGGGUGGUACAGGAAACUUGUUGCAGAUACAUUUGAUCAAAAGGCCGAACGUGACCACCUUUUGGAUAUGAUGACCGAGGUCAAUCGCAAGAUGUCGGAACUUGAGCACUUGGAUGACGACGGGUCGCUCACCAUCCAGACAUCGGAGAUGACUAGUCGUCUCAGAAGAAAGGUCUUCUUCAACCCAGAGACCUGAUUACCACUCUCGGAGUGGCCCAUGAAUGAUACAGCGAGUGAAUGAGCUUUCCACUGACUUUAACAAUAUUUCAGGAUCACCAGGGAGUGUUUGCGUGCGACGAACACAGGACGUGACGGGAGGUCGUACGGGUUCUACAGGGUAUAUGCGAUACUAUUCCUACAGCAUCGUUUGUUAUCAACGCAAAUUGAUUAUUAUCAAGUUUUUGUUUUUUUUAUUUUCUUUAAUAAAUUCGAAUUAUCUGCGCA